UUUUUCCCAGUUGUGGUAAAGAGACAUAUUUUGAGCUGGAAUCCCUCAAAUAACCUUCAAAGAUGAAGGCAGCGGAUGAGCCUGCCUACCUGACAGUGGGGACUGAUGUCAGUGCCAAGUACCGGGGUGCCUUCUGCGAGGCAAAAAUUAAGACUGUGAAGAGGCUGGUGAAAGUCAAGGUGGUUUUAAAACAAGAUAAUUCAAUGCAGUUAGUGCAAGAUGACCAAGUGAAAGGACCUUUAAGGGUUGGUGCAAUUAUUGAAACCAAGAUGCCUGAUGGAUCCUUUCAAGAAGCCAUUAUCAGUAAACUGACAGAUGCCAGCUGGUAUACUGUAGUUUUUGAUGAUGGUGACGAGAGGACGUUGAGACGGACGUCGUUGUGUUUGAAAGGGGAGAGGCACUUUGCGGAAAGUGAGACGCUUGAUCAACUGCCACUAACAAACCCAGAGCACUUUGGAACGCCAGUGAUUGGGAAGAAAUCAAACAGAGGAAGAAGAUCCUCUCUUCCUGUCAACGAAGAUGAAAAAGAAGAGGAAAGUAGCGAAGAGGAGGACGAUGAUAAGAGACGCCUUAACGAUGAAUUGCUUGGCAAGGUUGUCAGCGUGAUGUCUAGCCCCGACAAGGCAGACUGGUAUCCAGCUCUGGUCUUAUCCCCCAGCUGCAGUGAUGAGAUAGCAGUGAAGAAGGACCAGUGUUUGGUUCGCUCUUUUGCAGAUUCCAAAUUCUAUUCAGUAGCAAGAAAGGACAUUGAGGAAAUAGACAUCCUAAACAUUACCAAAUCUGAGCUGUCUUCUAGAAAAGGGUUGCAAGAAGCAAGCUCCUUCUUCAGCCUGAAAGCGAUACCUGCUAACUGGAAGAUGGACAUGCGCGAAAUCUUGGAAUCGUCCAGCAGCGACGAAGACGAGGGAGGGGAGGCGAAGAGUGGAGAAGAGGAAGAGAAAGGAGAGCACAAAGAGGAGGAGGUAGUGCCAGAGGAAGAGCCUGAUCCUGAAGAGAGGGACAACUUCCUCCAGCAGCUUUACAAGUUUAUGGAAGACAGAGGUACUCCUAUCAACAAACCUCCUGUUCUGGGCUACAAGGACCUUCACCUCUUCAAACUCUUCAGGCUCGUGUUUCAGCAGGGUGGAUGUGACAAUAUCGACAGCGGCGCUGUGUGGAAGCAAAUUUAUAUGGACCUUGGCAUUCCUAUUUUGAAUUCAGCCGCUUCCUACAAUGUAAAAACUGCUUAUAGAAAGUAUCUUUAUGGUUUCGAGGAGUACUGCCGCUCGGCAAACAUUCAGUUUAGGACGAUCCACCACAAUGACCCCAAAGUAGUAGAAGUAGUGCAGAAAUCAGAAGAACCCAUGGAGGAAAGUGUGAAAGAAGAGCCCGAGAUGUCCCCUGCAGAAGUUCAAAGCGAGGUGGAAGAACACGACUGCAGCAGUGAAAGCGAAAAAGAAGAAAUUGAACAGAGGUCUCCUCGGGGACGAAGGAGGCUCCUUCGCGAUGCUGCCGCUGCUAAAAAAGAAAGCGAAGAAGAUAAAAUGCAGGAGAAGCUAAAAGACAGCAACAAGGAGAACAAAGAAGUGGAAGAGAUGCCAAACAACAUGGAGAAGAGGGAAAGCGAGGCGGCGCUUGGAGGCAGACGGCCCACACCAAAGCAAAAGGAAAAGAGAGCUAAAAAGGAAGAGGAGUCUGACAGGGAAUCUGACGAAGAAGAGGAAAGGAGGGAAGACCUUGAGAACCGGGGAGACUCAGAAGGAGAGGAUGGAGAGGAAGACGCAGAGCCGUGCCUAACGGGAACCAAAGUGAAAGUAAAAUAUGGCCGUGGGAAAACUCAGAAGAUUUAUGAGGCCAGCAUCAAAAGUACAGAGAAUGACGAUGGCGAGAUUUUGUACUUGGUGCAUUACUACGGCUGGAAUGUGAGGUACGACGAAUGGGUGAAAGCUGACAGGAUUAUUUGGCCUGUGGAGAAGGGUGGAUCGAAGAAGAAGCAGAAGAAAAAAGCAAAGAGUAAAGAAGAUGGAGAAAAAGACGAAAAGAAAGAGGAGGAGAAGCAGAAAGCGAAACGCGGACGCCCUCCUCUGAAAUCCACUCUCCUGUCCAACCUAUCUUGUGGACUGCCCAAAACUCCAAAUAGCGAAAGUAAACCAGGGUCCCGAAGCGCACGUGGCAGCUUGCCGGAUGGCUCCCCCUUGCCUAAUGGGACGGAAGGAAUGUCUCGCAGGCAAACAAGACGCAGCUCAGGAAUGUUGGAUUCUGACAGAGGGUCAAAUGACUCUGUUUCAUCCGACAGUGAUGCAGAUGAAGCUUCUGAAAAGACCACAAAUGAAGACUUCUCUCCAACAAAUUCAGAACUUGAAAAAGACGAAAAAAGGACCGUUGACAAACCUGAUGAAGAAACCCCAAAGAUCUUGCACGUGUCGAAAGAAAAUGACAGGAAUCAAGCCCACCCUUUAGAAGUUUUGAAACUCGAAGUUGAAGAGAGUGAACAGGUAGUUCCAAUUUUUGCGAACAAAAGUGACCAAAUGGAAGACGUUAAGAAAGAUUUGGACAAAUCACCUAAAGGGAAAGGGCGAAGGAGCAGAGCGAGAGACUCAACCCUGGAGAAUGUAAAGGCGGCACCACUAAAUCAGGACGAGGCGGCAAGCGAACACGUCACAGAGACUGAAAGACUAGAUAUGUCUUCCUUGGACAGUAAAGGUUUAAGCGCCACUUCUGGGACUGAAACAGAUCUUUUCACAAAAGAGAAGAAGCUUUUCAAAAGGAAAGCGGGAGAACAGCCAUCGCCUGACAAAAGGGGGCGCGUGGAGAGCGAGAUGGGUGUGCCAAAUAUCGCGUCUGAGGGGAGGGCGAACAAGUGUUCUGGGACAGAAGAAUGUAAAGAUUUCAGUGCCGACGACUCCCUCAGGAAUGAAAAUGAGGAGAUGCCAUCCCUGGUGGCCGAGUCAGAUCAACGCCUUCAAGCUCGGGGCGGCGACCGUUUUGAAUGUUCUUCCGAGGAAAACUGCAACACCCCACUAAAGGACGAAGAAGACUUGAUGCCUCAGAUCGGGCCGGAAACUCUCCUCUGCCAUGAAGUGGACUUGGACGACAUUGACGAGAAGGAGAAGAGCAGUCCCGGCAACUCGGCGGCGGAAAAACAAGACCCUGGCACUCCCGCUUCGAACCCGCCUGCCUUACCCCCUGCUGUCCAGCCAAACUUCUCCGUGGCCUCUCCCCUAGCCCUCAGCCAGGACGAGUCACGGAGCGUGAAGAGCGAGAGUGACAUAACCAUCGAGGUGGACAGCGUGGCCGAAGAGUCUCAAGAGGGGCUCUGCGAAAGUGAGUCCGCCAAUGGAUUCGAAGGUUGUACCACGUCGAGCAACGGUAGCAUCACAGCCCCAGAAAGGGAGAUUGGAGAGAAGGGUCAGAAAAGGCCUUGUGACAGCGGCAACUCCUCAUUAGCAAAGAAGCAAAAGCGUACCCCAAAGCGAGCCAGCACUGUAGCCAAAAACGAGAAGAACGGGACAGGACAGAGCAGUGAUAGUGAAGAUCUUCCUGCCCUGGACACCUCAAGCAAAUGUACUACAGCAAAACACAUUGGCAUGUCCAAACCACAGAAGCUCACUCGGUCGCCUGCAAGAAUGAUAUCCCCUAACAUGAAAGAUGGCGAGAAGGACAAGCAGAGGGAGAAGAACCAUCAAAACGUUUCCCCCAGGGUGUACAAGUGGAGUUUCCAACUCAAUGAAUUGGACAACAUGAGCAGCACAGAGAGGAUCUCCUUUUUACAAGACAAACUGCAGGAAAUCAGAAAAUAUUACAUGUCUCUGAAGUCUGAAGUGGCCACCAUAGACAGGAGAAGAAAACGGUUGAAAAAGAAAGACCGAGAAGUGUCUCACGCGGGCGCUUCCAUGUCCUCGGCUUCUUCAGACACCGGCAUGAGCCCUUCGUCGUCGUCCCCACCCCAGAAUGUGCUGGCGGUUGAAUGCAGGUGAUACCGGACUCCUCUGCCUCGGACAGCCAGUGUCUGUCACGGACAGAAAUCCCGAAAUAACCAUAGAAAGCACUCAACUGGUUUGACAUUGCCAAGUAUAUUCUGUAUACUCUUCCACUGCUGGACUGUGUCGGUCUCUCCUCUUCGCACGCCCUCCCCUUUUUUGUCAUUGUGGAUAUAUAUAUAUUUUUUUAAUUUUAACCUUUUAUUGUGGAGAUUAAGCUAAUUGGCAACAGAAGGUUCACGGGUGCACGUGGACA